AUGUCUACCAACCCAACUUACCCUGUCGAUCCGCGCGAGAUGCUGAAGAACUCCACCCUCGGUGUCAAGGUUUGCGCUUCUUUGAUGAAUAUCUGUGGUCACCUCGAGUACUUGCAAAAGCAGGGUUUCUAUUCUGAGCAGCAACGCGAAUUUCUCGACCGCGCUGUGCUCAAGUUCCCUAAUACUGAGACCCUCGUUGAUAGCUUCUUCAAGAGUACCCUUCAACUCCAGAGUAUUGGAUUCACUUUCGUCGAUACUCCCAAGGGUCCCAAGGUCACCUUUGAGGAACCCGUUGCUGUCCCUUCCUCCGUGUCUUGCUCUGAGGAGGUUUCUAUUAAGGUUGAGGAUGAUUCAAAUGCUGCCACCGAUGCCGCCGAUUUCACCGAGACUGAGGAUGAUGCAAAGGCUGCCAGCAACGCCGAGGAAUCCACCGAUGGUGAUGACAAUGCAAAGACCACUCUUCUGCCUGAUGGCUGUCAGCUUCAUAUGUCCAUGUGGGCUCCAGAGAACUACAAGAAGCGUAUUGCAAUGGCCGCCAAGCCUGUUGCCGUUGUCGCCAAGCCUGCUCAUGUUGUCACCAAGCCUGCUCAUGUUGUCACCAAGCCUGUCCCUGUUGUCGCCAAGUCUGUCCCGGUUGCUGCUAAGGUAGUCAAGUUCGCUCAGAACGCCAGUCGGAACGGUAUCAAGAUCAGCCCAGCAACCUGCCCUACCAAGGCACGCUGCUACUCUCCCGACGAGUUGCUGCAUCUGCGAUCCUCUCUUCCCGCUAUCAAUGGUGUUGCCAGCAAGUUCAAGAACAGCCCUCACAUCGCUCGUAUGGAAACCGCCAUUUCCUAUACCGAAAAGAAGGCCCGAGGCCAUGAAGAAGUCGCUGUCAGUCAUGAUUCUAAGGCAGGGGCUUUCAUUCGUAGCGGAGCUGUGGAUUUCAAGUCCCGAUCAUCACUUCAGUGGCUUUGGGGUGUGUGCUCCAACUAA